UAAUGAGCCAGCGGGCUAUACCUCAAUAAGUCAGAAGGGAUGAGUAAUCUUUUCUGUAACUGUAUAAAAGUAGGUCCUGGAGUGCGCAUCUUUUUCCACCUUAAGGGGCAGUGGAGUGUCCUACCACUGACUGAGCUGUCUCCAUUGGCGGGGGGCACAUAGUCAUAAUAAGUCCUGUAGAGUCUAUUGGAAACUUACUGUGCUUCGUUUGACAAUAAACCUGGCUCGGGUUCCUUCGUAUCUUACUAGAGUCUUUGGGGUUUCUCUCAGAGUUUGCUGCAUCAGCUGUCUGUGCAGAGCCAGGGCAGCACACAGAGGGAACACACACGCAGCUGACUGUUAUCGUCAUUGAACAAGAACAGAGUACCACAAAGGUAUUUCAAAAAUGACAAAGUUCCUGUUGAUUGACGUUGAUUGUGGAGUCGACGAUGCUCAAGCCAUAAUGAUGGCGCUGGCAUCUCCCAGUGUUGAAAUCCUGGGAAUUACUUGCUGUUAUGGAAACACAAUGUUGGAAAACGUCUGCAAAAAUGUGCUUCGUGUACUACAAGUUUGUAAUAGGCUUGAGAUUCCAGUUUACCAAGGUGCUUCUGCUCCCUUACUUGGUGGUCCUGUGGAAGGGGCUAUGUAUCAUGGAAGAGAUGGUUUGGGUGAUGUUCCUGUUCCAAAUGCUCCAAGAUUAGACUAUCUACAGAAAGAACAUGCUGUGAUUGCAAUGUUAAGAAUUGUUAAUGAGAAGCCUGGUCAGAUUUCUGUAGUUGCCACUGGUCCUUUGACUAAUCUAACUUUGGCAGUGAAAUUGGAUCCAACAUUUCCUCAGAAGCUUAAAAAUAUGUUCAUCAUGGGAGGAAAUGUAGAAUCCAGAGGAAAUGUUACAGUCUGUGGAGAAUUCAAUUUUGUAACUGAUCCAGAAGCUGCGUAUGUUGUCUUAAAUGAGUUCACUUGCCCUACUUAUAUUGCAACAUGGGAAUUUACAUGUCACAAUUCAUUGUCUUGGGAAUUCUAUCAUGAGUGGGUUAAUCAGGACACCAAAAAAGCUAAGUUCAUGAAGAAAAUAUCUGAGCACAGUAUAAAAUUCACAGAUCUAAAACGUGAAAAUACAAGCAACAUCUUGUGGACUUCAGGAUUUGUGUCUUGUGAUUCCUAUGCUAUGGCUGCUGCAAUUGACGAGAGCUUUGUCACAGAAGCCAUAGAAACUGCUGUAAGUGUGGAGCUGAAUGGCUCACUAACUAGAGGAAUGAUGGUAAUGGAUAUGGCUGGUCUUCUUAAGAAGAAAAAUAAAGCUUUUGUCAUUAAUAAGUGUGAUUUAGAGAAGUUCAAGGGACUUCUCAUUGCUGCUUUAAAAUAAUAUUUGGCUGUCUGAUAAAUUUCCCAAUCUUGUUAAUUUUGAACUGUAACUGUAGGUCUGGUUACAGUGGUACAGAUAACUUUAGAUUCAUAGCUACUAUCAGACAACAUACAAUUAUUUUUAGUUAAUAACUUUCUUGUAUGUCAGAUUUCCAACAAAGUGCAUUCAAGUGAAUAUGAAAAGGACCCAUUUAAAUCUACAGUACUGAGAGAAUUCAAAGUGCAAGUUAAAAUGGCAGCCUAAUUGUUAGAUAACUCUGAAUGCACUUAUUACCUGGUAGGCCAGUACUCUACUUUAGCAUGCAUUUACUCAGUAGACAGAAACAGCAUUGAAAUCUAGAAUAUACAUAUAAAUUAUGAUCUGUCAUCAGUUUGUAAGAUAGAGAAGAUAAGACUGUUCUAAUUCUCACUGCUUUAUUAUUAUGGGAAAACAAUCCAAUUUUUACUUAGAGAAUCUAGAUUAAGGAUCUGCAAAGUAUUAUUUAAAAACCACUUUAAGCUAAAUCUAUUCCUAGAGCUGUGUAACAAAUGAAUAAUUCUGCUGAAAGCAAGGAAGUAAUAAAACAAUAUUAAUUCAUGCACUUGAGGAAGGGAGGGGGAAAUCAAAUCUAUUUGUCAAAUAGGAACAAAAACAAAGUUUUUGUUUAAACUUUUAACAAGAAACACAAAGAAUAACUUAAAAAUGUUCACACUUACAUAUAAACUAUUGUUGCUGUUUCUGUUUAUAUUACCAUAAUGGCAAAUAUUCAGAAAUAAUCAUGCUACUGUAACUUUUAACUUAACAUUUAACAUGCUACUUGUAUUUUUAUAUGUAAAUCAUAUGAUUCUUUAAGAAUACUGUAGAUGUUUUAUCUCAGUAAUCAGCAUGUUAAUGGCAUUUUGUAUUCAGAUGCAUCAGUAUAAGAAGCAUGUAUGAUUUUGAAAGUAGAGAAAAAUAAUAAAUACCCUGUCUGUGUCCUUUCCAGCUGCUAAUUUUAAUUUGCUCCUUGGAAAAUCCUGAAUGUGCAAAAUGGAAAGUGAAAUAAACCAGUUAUUUAAUGCAUUA